GCGAAAAGGCGUAUAACGACGACCUAAAAUUUCGAAGUCGUGCUUCAUAUCAAACACGGAACAACGGAGAUACUUAGAAAAACUGUUUGAUAAAUAUUUAUUAGUUGUAUAUUUGAGAAUCAACAUUUUAAAUAUUUGUCGGAAGUGAGACGAAACAGUCUGAAGUGAGACGAAUCAAUCGUAAGCGAGACGCACAGUCGGAUUGAGUGCUCGAUUGGGAGUCAAUAAACUUUUAGUUAGUCAUAUCGCCGGUACACAGUACGAAUAGAAUAUCGAAAUUCAACAAAGUUGGGGACACAAAAUCAAAAAAGAAAUGAAAGAAAGCGAAAUCCUACAGAUCAUGGAGGCGGAACCUGAUGAUCCGGAAAGGUAGGCGUUUUCUGCGCCACACGUGGCUCACAAGAAGAGGAAGAGUUGGUGGAGAAAAAAGAAAUGAUAAAUGCUGCAGAUGUUGCUUGCAAUGGGUACCGCCGCUCAAAAGCAGUCCUGUCGAUGACGGCGAUGGACGAUAACCAAGAGUGGAAUGUGUUUUUGAUUUGCUACGCCUCCGUAAUAGCAGUCUAUGGAUGUUUUGCAUUCUCCACUCUGGUGGUUCAGAUAUUGAUGUGGGCAAUUCGAAGGUCGUUUAAUAUAGAAACUGUUGCUACACCAGACCAUGUGACCAUAGAGAAGAGGAUUGCUGCCGCACUUAUAGCGAAAAGUUCUGCAGCCCAGUCUGACGGAUCGAUCUCUUCAACACCAUCAACGUUUCUUGAGAUGUCGAGCGUAUCAUCCAUAGCACAUCUUGAUGUUCGUUCCCUGCUGGAGGAACAUUCGGUAGAACCAGUGAUUGUGAAAAUACCAUCAACGGCAGAGAUUAUUCAAAGCGUUAGAUAUUGACGAUUGACAGUUCGCGUUAAUCUUCCUUUGUUCAUUAUUUUGUCCUAGUUUCAUCAUUUUUGAGUUAAUGAUGUUGUUGUUGCCAUUUCGGACUUCAUUCAUCCGAAACAUCCAACACAACAGAACAACAUCGAAAUUUAAAUUUACCGUACGAAUCCAUCAUACCUGGACCUGGGAUAACCCCUUUAUGAUCGGGUUGGGUGUACAGGGUUCAACGUCCUAUCAACAGCUAAGGUCACUUAAGGAAGUGAUACAUUCAAAACAUCUUUUAUUUUAUUUUUACAUUUUCUCUGCAUCCUUCCAUUGUGAUGUAUUGAGAAGGCAAAUGUUGUUAU